AUGAAUAGCAAUGACAUGUGGCCAGAGACAAAUUAUACUCCACCAUUGCCUCCUAUUUGUAGAAGGAUGCCUGGUAGGCCAACUAUUAAGAGGAAGAAAUCCACUACAGAGAAUAUAGGAACACACAGGGUUUCUAAGGCUGGAAAGAAAAUCAGAUGUAGUAUUUGCAAGGAGAUAGGUCACAACAAGGCCACUUGUCUACAGAGAAGUCCCCAAAAGUUAAAUGUGAAGAAAAAGAAGAAACAAAAAGUUUGUGUGAAGCAAAAUGCAGGACAGGGUAGUACAAGUGAACCACAACAACAUGAAGAGGUUGAAAUGACUCCAAUUGAGAUGGAUACUACUCAAAAUGAUAUGCAAGUUACUCCUACUGAUGUUGAAUCCAGUAGUGCAAGGGAUUUUAGUCAGUCUAUGCAAUUUACUCCACCUAGAAGUUAUGAAGAUGAUGAGGGUGUUGUGGGUGAGGAAGCUGAGGAGGGUGGUAAUGUUCAAGAUGAUGAGGUUAAUCCUAAUGUCCAAGUUGUUGAUAAUGUUCAAAUUCAAAAGGUUGUUCAUGUUAUCCAGGUUCAGCAGGUAAGGGUUAGACCAAUUUCAGAGAUUUUGAAGAGGAUAAGGAUUAAGGAGAAGAAAUUCAGAGAGAAUAUUGAAGCUGAAAUUAGGCAAAACAAUUGGUGGUGUUGA